CACAGGAGCCGUUCAGUCUCGCGAUCUUUCGGAACGCAACAACAACUUGGCGUCAGUCUACCGUUCGACACCGCUAAAGGCACACGAUAUUCGACGACGACAUGUGUCUCAAUUACACGACAAAACACAACGAAUCGAGUGAACCAAAAAUUAUAAUGUAAUACUGGCAAAGCUUGAAGAGACGCCUCAAAAACUCCAAUUUUUGUCAUUUUCAAUACGUCGCCCACGACCCCUUUCACCUGACGCCACAAUCAAUUGAUGACAAAUUGGUAAUUAAUUAAUGAUUAACUGAGCUCGCGGAGACUUUUGGUGGGGAUUAAGGCGAUGUAAAGGAAUUGGUGGUUUAACCAGGAGUGAGGAGAAUCGGCAAAAAUUGAGGCUCGAGUGCAGUUGAAUCGAUCUGGGUAGGAUGUGACGAAUUGGGGACGAUGUAAAUGAGAACAUGAUGACAGUGCUGAUGGUGAUGGAGUGCACUCAUGUAUGGGAGGAUGGUAGAGGGUGUUGCACUGUCCCUUUGCCAGGAGAACUGACAAGCCAGGGUUGAGGGCCAAAUUGUUUAUUGGAGCGGUUAUAAUCGAACGAUCAACUCGAACACUCGCACGGUUUCGUGAGUAUCGAGAGCACGUGUGGUAACAGUUGACCGGUUUGUUUCGAGUGGAUGUGUUUAUGUGCUGUGUGGGGAGAAACUUUGAGGGUUGUGUUGCCGGGGGGAAAAGGGACUUGGAAUCACUUCAGGGGGUUUUAGCGAUGAAUUUGUCGGGUGAGAGGGUCAACUUUUGGGGGUGAGUGAAGUGUUUGGGGAGUUGUGACAGUGAAGAGAUCAUCGUGAUAGUCCAGUCAGAUUUCAUUCGAAAACAAUGUUACGUCAUCCAGCGGAUUCAAUUCACGGAACAACCCAUCAACUGGACGAAGGAAACGGCAAUCAAGGGGAGAUGGUGCAACUUCGGCUCCUGCAUACAUUCAAACUGUGGAUAAACGGGCGGCACACGCGACAGAAAAGGAUCUAGAGCGACCUCAUGAUCACAAUUCCAGUGGCUCGGGUACCAUUCAAGCGACGUAGGGACACAAUGCUACGGGUGCUAGGGGUUCGACUGCUCUCGAGGCUCCUCGUACUCGUUUGCUCGUUAUCGCUGCUAUCACUCCUCUUCCUGAAUCGCUGUGGAUUCAACAGUAUUGAUGAUGUCAUCGACACCGCUGAUCCGAUCACACCAGCAAGUGAAGCUAGUCAGAGAGAGGAGGAGACCAAGCUCGAAUUGGAGAGACUCACUGCUGAGAUUCGCACCCUCAAACUACAAAUUCUCCAGUUGACUGGUGGGCCACCGGGGCAUUCGGAAACGAUGGCCUCGAUAAACUCCACGGAGAUAGGUGAUUGCCUAGCAGCAAGACGUCAAGUUGAGUUUGCCGAAAUAGCCCAGGGCCUACCCCUCAACAAUGAGUACGAGCUUAUAGCAUUCAGUCACUUCACGAUAUCCCGCCUCUACCCAGUCGAUCUGGGUUUAGGCAAGCGAGUUGUAGAGAAGCCAAUUGGCUUCAAACGAAAGGACAUCCUCGAGGCUGUCUCCAAGGCUAUUGACACACUCAACAAGAACAUCUCCUCGGUGGCUGGAAGGUACAAUACUGAGGAUUUUCUGGAGGGCCUCUACAGAGUUGAACCAACCACCGGGACACAGUACGAGAUGUACUUUAAGACGAAGAGUCACGAAAAAGGCCUCCAGGUAUUGAAUCCUGGGUACACAAAAAUCGUAAUGAUGAGGCCUUACGCACCGAUUCAUUUUGUAUCGGUGCAGAGGCAGCAGACGAAGGAGAAAGAGUUGAUCCAUAUUAUUCUACCGUUGUCCGGUAGAACUGGUACCUUCCAAAGCUUCAUGGACAAAUUCGUGAAGAUUGGAUUGAAGAAUGACAAGCGAGUGCACCUGACUGUCGUUUAUUUUGGUACUGAGGGACUCUCCGAGGCUCAAGCUAUCAUGUCUAGGGUGCUGAUGACUCGGGGCAGUGGAGGAUCUAAUCAGAAUCUUCGCUUGUUGGCUCUCAACGAAACCUUCUCCAGGGGAAAGGGCCUGAGGGUUGGCGCUGAGAGAGCAUGGAAUGGAGAGGGUGAUGUUCUUCUAUUCAUGUGCGAUGUGGAUGUUGUCUUCAGUGCGAGAUUCCUUGACAGAUGCCGUUGGAAUACAGCACCAGGACGCAAGGUCUAUUAUCCCAUUGUCUUUAGCCUGUACAAUCCUCAUGUUGUCUACACGCUUCAGGGGCGCAAGGUGCCACCUGAGAAGGAUCAACUUGUUAUCUCUAGGGACACGGGUUUCUGGAGGGACUUUGGUUAUGGCAUGACUUGCCAGUACAGAUCAGACUUCCUGCGGGUCCGUGGCUUUGACGAGGACAUAGUGGGAUGGGGUGGUGAGGACGUUACCCUUUACAGAAAGUACGUCAGGAGUAAUAUCAAAGUUAUCAGAGCAACAGAUCCUGGCAUUUAUCAUAUCUGGCAUCCAAAGGUUUGCUCAGGUGGGCCAGGCCAGAGGCUAUCAACCGAUCAAUAUCACGCCUGCAUCCGCUCCCGCGCUCUCAACGAGGCCUCACACGCUCAAUUAGGCUUCCUCGCUUUUCGCGAUGACAUAGCCAGCCAAGCAAUGAACCUCCAGGGUAGUCUACCGAAAAAAAAGAAAAAGCCAGCCCCAUCGGGCCCCAAAAAGGACACAGCAAGACUAUCCCGUGCAAGAUUAAACCCGGACUCACAGAGAGACAAAUCCGUUGGCAAAUCCUCUAAGGAUCAGACCUGAUCGAUCCACCAAUCCUCGGACUGUGUAAAUAUCGUGUAAAAAUGAAUGAAAGUAGCUAAAGUGCAACGCAUCCCUCCCAUGGAUUACAACGACAAGUAUAUCGUCGCCUUAACAGCAAAGGCGCGUAAGUGACACGUUUUCCCGUAUUUUUCUUUUCAACACCCAAGUGAACAACGAUUUUUCCCCGUAAAAACAGACGCAUUAAUUCCCUGUGUAUUAAUUCCCUUCAGUAAAUUAAAAAAUAAUGGAUUAAUAAAAUAAAACACUUACGAACUUUUGUUGUUACCCUGUUAACGAUUCUAGUCUCUGAAAAAUCAGAAUGAACACCGUAAAAAAUCAUGGGAGGGCGAACCUUGUGGAUUGAAUAUAUCUGAAUUAUUCAAAUCAUCAUGUGAUUCAAACUCUCGUUUGCUUUUUGAACGGGAGAUUUAAACGUCUUAAUUUGUUACAAAAAUUAUAAGCUCAUGAUUAUAAAGUUAUAAUGGUGUACCAUUUGUUGCAUAGCCUAUUUGUACGAAUCGGAAUUUAUAUUAUAGAAUUAACAAGACCAACCAGGCGUAUCGGUUUUGUACGUUGUACGUGUGAAAUGCUAAAGUUCCAAACACAGGAUGUCAAUUAGAUUUGCACGAAACUUCGAUCUAUUACGAUUCAAUGCCAAGACCAUUUUCAUUAGUACAUUGAGUCAAACAAGAAAAUCUACUCCGAGAGUGGAGUACUAACGCCAUUGUACAUCAGUAUUAUUUACUUUAUUACGUUUUAAUAAAGCUAUUUACUAUUGGAGAUUGAAGUAUUAGGUGAAAUUGAUUGUUAAUCAUCAAAGUGUGUGAUGAUUCAUUGAAAAAUUUGUUCGCAUUAAUUGAAAUGACGAGUAUUA